UGUAUGUAUGAAUAUACAAAUAAUUUCUCUCUGUGAGUAAGGUGUUGAGUAAAGAUUGCUGGAUUGAUAUUACACGGAAGUUCAAGACUUGAAAGCCAGUACAUAAUUAUAAUUUUCGCGUGUACUACUUCUCGAAACAGUAUUUCUGUGCAUGCUCGAUGACUACCAGAUAUAAUUGAACGUAUAAAAUGCAGGGUAUCAUGUUGCCUCGAACGUUGCUUGCCCGGAGAGGUCCCUCUAGUCGGAUAACUUUAGCUCAGGGCAGCAAAAAUAGGCACGUGCAAUUGUACAGUUGCUUGUACUCUACUGUGUCGAGAACAUACAUUGAUACACACACCCAUUUGGACAUGAUACUGAAGCGCCUGCGACAGCCUCAUACUCACUACCCAGCACUUUGCAAAGAAGUGCAUCUCAACACACCGAUGGAAGCCUGCAUCCAUGUGAGUUGUUCACCUGCUACAUUCGAGGACGGCUUGCGUCUUGUGGAAAACUACGACAAUGUUUACGGUGCAUUUGGUGUACACCCUAAGAGUGCUAAAGAAUACAACCUCAGUGUGGCGAAGAGGAUACGAAGCAUACUACUGCCGACUUCUCGCGAAGCGAGCGUACACGACAGGGACAUGCAUAACUCGCAUACAGCAGAGAAUGACGAAACAAAUACUAAACGAUCUAUAGAAUCAGGUAAUAACAAACAACCUAAAUCAUCGGAAGAUAACACGCGCACCGCUAAAGAUGGCCGGGAUACUAGUGAUAAACCGUUUGUGCGGCGUUACAGAGCGAUAGCCCUGGGCGAGUGCGGCUUAGACUACAGCCAGCGAGACAGCUGGGGAGGGGAUGAGAAGAUACGACAUGAAAAAGAACUGCAGAAACGCGUGUUUAUUGAUCAGAUCCAAUUGGCCGUGAAACUCAACGUACCGCUUGUGAUACACACACGAGAGGCUGAGGACGAUACGUUGGAGAUACUCAUGAGACAUUUGCCGAGUACACACCCUACUCAUUUGCACUGUUUUACGUCUCACGUGUCGUUAGCAGUAGCUUUAUUAAAGUCACAUACAGGUUUGUGUAUAGGCUUUACAGGAGCAGUGACCUUCAAAAGCGCGCAUGUGCUGAGAAAUACCGUUAGAAAAGUACCUCUAAAUAGAAUUCUAUUAGAGACAGAUGGACCUUUCAUGGCUCCAGAGCCCCACCGCGGUAAGACCUGUGUACCUUCGAUGAUUCCAUAUAUAGCAGAGUGCGUUGCCAAGGUGAAGGGGGUUGACGCGUCACAAGUGUAUGAGCAGGCGAGGAUAAACACGCAUAAAGUGUACGGAAUUUAGUAUGCAUAUGUAGUGAGUUGAUAGGCUACAUACCGAACAAUCAUAAAAAUUUCGACGUUAAAAGGUAUGCCAAUUGCCACA